UAUUGCAAUCAGCAUCCUUUGGAGCACCACAGCAUAUAUAAAAGGAUGCCGACCGAAACACAACUGUUCAGUGCGUUAACAAUCCUUCCAAAAUAAAUUCUAAUUUCACGGCUUUUCUCAUACCAAAAUACAUUUCCACUCGUCUACUAACAGCAAACAUUACGAAGCCAGAAAACCUUACGCAAACAACUGGUUUAAAGUGUAUGAAGCGCCUCGUUUCGGAUAUGUAGGCAAUUGGAUCAUUCGGCAAGGAAAGUGAAUUCCCUGUUACCUAUCGUGGUUUGCAAUCAAACGUUCAUCUGACGCCAUAAGUGGCCUGCUGACGGGCAGCUCUCAUUUUCACGGAUACCUUUUGGAACGAUGGCAUCUCAAAGCUACGACAACAAUUGAAUUGAUUUUCCCCUUUGCCAAUCAACCAAGAAGCCGAUAAAUAACCGACGAGAUGGGUGAAGAAAAGCACGGGCCAACGAAAGCGUCUUGUUCGCGAUGGCAAGGAGUUCGAGCCAAUCUUCCUCAUCUGCUAAACGCAUACUGUGGUCACGACCUGAGGAGUUUUCAAUCAUUUGAUGGAUUUAUGACUCUGAUGUACCGCCCGACGGAUGCCGCAGCCCUCGGCGUAGCGCGGAUACUUUUUGGCCUAAUGAUGCUGAUAGACAUUCCCGAGGAACGUGGAGGUGGAGAUUUGGACUUUCGCUGGGGCGAUCCCAGUGGAUGCAAGUUCCCGCUCAUAACCGGAAUGGAACCGAUGAGCUAUCCACGGAUGGGAAUCGUCUAUCUGGUGAUGUGGUUAGGAGCGUUGGGGGUUAUGUUGGGCUAUCGGUUCCGACUCAGUGGACUUAUGUUUGUGAUUAGCUAUUGGUACGUGUUUCUGCUGGACAAAAGUGCUUGGAACAAUCACAGCUACCUGUACGGAUUGCUGGGGACGAUAUUUAUGUUCACGGAUGCCCAGAAAUGCUUCUCUCUGGAUGCCUGUCGGAACAACGAUCCGCAAUCGAAAACGGUACCAUUCUGGAACUAUUUCAUUCUUAAAUACCAAUUCUUCAUACUGUAUUUUCUGGCCGGAUUGAAAAAAAUGUGCCCUGAAUGGCUCUCUGGAUAUGCAAUGACCAACCUAAGCUACCAUUGGGUUUUCCUUCCGUUUAGAUUACUGAUGGGCCCGGAACUCACAGAUCUGCUGAUAAUUCAUUGGUUCGGCUGCAUAUUCGACACAUCGGUUGUAUUUUUCCUAGUGUAUGCCCCGACUCGCAAAAUAGCCACGCUUUUUGCAUGUGCGUUUCACCUGAUGAACUCACGACUUUUUCAUAUCGGUAUGUUCCCAUGGGUAUGCUUAACGCAACUUCCACUGUACUACAGUGUCAGUUGGCCUCGGUUAGUGUGGAAGAAGUUAUCAAUCAAGAGUCGUGAUAGCGAUGCACCUGUACCAAAGAAAGUCCCUAACCAUGUCAAGCAACAAACGGUCUCUGCCUUGUCAUGUCGUAGAAGAUUGGCCAUGACGGUCAUGCUCUCCUACUGUGGAUUACAGUUGUUCCUACCGUAUUCACACAUCAUCACCAAAGGCUACAACAACUGGACGAAUGGUUUGUAUGGAUACUCCUGGGAUAUGAUGGUACACGCGUGGGAUACCGUUCCCACAUCUAUUAAGGUGGUGGACAAUCAUCAAAAUCAUUCCCUCUACCUUCUACCGUAUGCCUUCGUGGAUAAUGAUAGAUGGACCAAGCAUGCAGAUAUGGCUUAUCAAUUCGCUCACUGUAUUGAUCGUAACAUUCGUGCAGAGUAUCAAGAGGAUCGUAGGCCAAUCACAAAUUUCUCAAUUUACUUCGACAUAUGGUGCAGCAUGAAUGGACGAUUUCUACAACGCAUAUUCAACCCUGAAGUGGACAUACUGGCUGCUAGAUGGUCUCCAUUUAAACCGGUUGAUUGGUUACUACCCUUGCUUAACGAAUUCACCGAGAUGCGAUCUAUGAUCGACAAGACGACUCAAGAAGUACACUCUUGGAGCAACACUUCUGACGUUUUGUUUGUUGCUGACUUCCCCAGAUUGACGUUGGAUAACUAUAUAGUUCCCGAUAUGGACAAUGUUACAUUGACAAUACUUGAAGGCAGCGUAGAAUAUCGUCACGCCAACGACACUAGGACUAAUCAUCUAAGCAAAGGGCAAAGUCUUUCGAAUAUCCCACCAAUGUUCCACCAUGUAACAACGACAAGUGCUUCACCGUCGUCCAUGCUCUACACAUACGUGAACAAAUCGAUGAAAGCUGGUCCCACCGAUGACGAACUAGCCGAACGGAGACAAUCAAAGCCCAUUUUACCACUGUGGAAGGAGUUCAACAAUCGGUUUGACAACUACGUCCGAUUCUUGCAACAUGUGGGCAAUUCUUUGCUCUACGAAAUCUACGGCGUUCCGAUGCCCAGGAGGGUGAGAAUUUCGCCCAGUGAAACCACGUGGACAACUGAGUGAAAUAAAAUAAGUGCAAUCAAA